UCAUAUUCUGGUAGCAUCGAUCAAACUUAGUGCACUCCUUUUCAAUCGAUUCGGCCAGAAUCUUUGCUAAACAAUCCCAACGGCUUUGACUGAAAUUCAAUCGGAGUGAGAUCUUUCAACUCCGCUAUUUGGAGCAGCAAAUUAUCGACUAGCAAAAUGGAUACGACGUGCGUAGGCUAAUAUUUGCGAAACAAAACAAUCGGAGUGGCGUUCAACGAGCUUGAAAAUUUCGGGGGGAGGGCAGACUUAAGUUGGGACAUACGCCAAUCCGUAGGAACCGUUAGCUUAUUCUUCAUUCCAACGUUUUCAUGUGUGUGUGGGUGACUCAACACCGAAGCACCCGUCAAUUCUCCUUAUUCUACCUUCGCAAGUCAGAGGAACCAACCCCAUAAUUUCGGCACUGCAAACUAUUUUUUUCACCUCCAUUUGUGAAUAAGGACAAAUCUCCAACGAAAAAUGGCGGUCAAUGUUUAUGCUACAAAUGUAACAACCGACAAUCUAAGUCGUCAUGAUAUGCUCGCAUGGGUCAACGACUGUCUGCAAUCAUCGUUCUCGAAAAUCGAAGAGUUAUGCACUGGUGCGGCUUACUGCCAAUUCAUGGACAUGCUAUUUUCCAACAGUGUACCACUGAAGAGAGUCAAAUUCAGGACCAAUUUGGAGCACGAGUACAUUCAAAAUUUCAAAAUUCUCCAGGGUGGAUUCAAAAAGAUGAAUGUUGAUAAGGUGAUUCCAGUGGACAGAUUGAUAAAGGGCCGUUUCCAGGACAACUUUGAAUUUUUACAAUGGUUCAAGAAAUUUUUUGAUGCCAAUUAUGAUGGCACUGAGUACGAUGCAUUUGAAGCACGUGGAAGAAUUCCAUUAGGUUCUGGAGUUGAUGGUUGUCAUAAUUUGUCCAAUCCACAAUUGGUACCGUUGACAACUCAAGCAAAACCACCUCAGAUGCAGCCGAGAGCUCAGAUGCAUCACAAUCAACAGCGGAACAUUGCGCAGAGGCAGCAGGGUACAUCAACAUGUGGAUUACAAAUGACAUUUACUUGUUUGUUGCAUGAAUGGCUUCUGUUAUCUCAUUUUAUUCAUUCAUUCUUUUCACUAGCAGUCACAUACAAAAUUUAUCUAUUGCCAGCCACCAUCACAAGACCACGCGAGGACCACAUUUAUACAUAUUUUCCACCUCUUUAAUUCUGUUGUUUAUUAAUUUGAUCAUUUACGUGUAGAAAAUUCAAGGGAAAAUCCUAAUUCAGUCGUGGGAGACUCCAAAUAGUCUUCUUAGAUUUAUAUUGGAGAUACCAUAGAUUUUCCACAUGGUUUGUAGCAAUGGAAAACAUUGAGAAAAAAAUACUCUAGGGGAGGGUGGGGCAAUAUGGAUACCGGAUUUAAAUAAUGAGUUAAAUUGGAUCAAAUCUACUGUUCCGACUUCAUUUAAAGUUUAUAAAAACGAACAAAUUGUCGUAAGACUGCGUCGUAGGAGUUGUAAGGUAAAGCAAAAACGGGG